AGAUCCCGGCGGAACAGUUUUCAAUUUCUUUCUACAUUUUCUUUCUUUCUCUCUACCUCAGCUUGCCAGAGAGACAUGGCAGAGCCCACAGGCCCGUUAAGCAUUCACAGAUCAUUCGUGUCGACAUGCCCAAGAAAGGGAACCGAAAACGGCUGAAAUUUAGAGCCGGGGACGUUUGUUCAGAUUCAGUAACUGUUGCUGAUUAUGCUGAUGCCGACCCGGCCGUUGUAAAGUCAGGGAGGGUGAAGAAGGCUGUUGCAAAUGCAGUUGAGAAGGAAGUGAAAUUACUCUGUGGCCUGGAGGCAUCUCAGGGUGCUGUAGAGGUCACAGCUGACGCUUUGGACAGCAGUGAUGACCUAGACCCUGAAGAGGAUGGAGAAAAUGAUAUUAAAGUGGCCCACAAGAAGAAAAACAAGAGGAGAAAGGAAAGCAGCGAGAGCAGUGAUGGGGGGGAGUAUCCAGUGGAUAUUUGGUUAAUGCUCGCCUCCUAUAUUCGGCCUGAGGAUGUGUGCAGAUUUGCUUUAAUUUGUAGGAAUGCCUGGAUAGUCACAUGCACUGCUGCGUUUUGGACCAGGCUCUACAGAAGGCACUACAAGAUUGAUGCUGACCUGCCGUACCGUCUCCAGCCAGACUGCAUUUACAGGACGUGCUCUUUACGUGCCCGUGUGAUUCGCUCCCUUUUUCAUUUGUAUGAGCCAUUCAACUUGCGUGUCUCAAAAAUCCCUGCCCUGCCAGAAUCAACACCCACAACCUUGCUUAACUCCAAGUGUUUACUGUUCUGGGUCAGAAAGGUGUUUGGUACUCGGCCUGAGGCAUUGUGGGAGUUCAACUUCAAGUUUUUAAAGCAGCAGGGACACAGUAAGAAUGGUUGUGCCAAGUCCUUGUGCAUGCCCAGACAAUACAAAGAUGUCCACACAAACCCAGACUCUGACUGCUACAUGCUUCAGGUCACCACCCUCAACUUCAUCUUCACCCCUGUGGUUAUGGGCAUGACACUCUCCCUGUUCACAAUCAACGUUAGCACAGACAUGCGACACCACCGUGUUCGUCUGGUGUUCCAGGACACGCCACUCCAGCGGGGGAAGAAGAGGGGGGAUCAGGGUGGGACUCAGGUGGUGUUGGACCCAGUACACAGUGUAAAGCUCAUGGACUGGUGGCACCCCCAGUACCCCUCCUCACCCUACAUAUAGGAAUCCUGCCCUGUUGGCAGAACAUUACACCAAGAACCCUGCUGUUAUCACAUCCCCUCAUCAGAAAUAUGAUUUUGGAUAACCGUGGAUUAUUUUCAUUCACAGUUGAUUCAACACUUCACAUUUCAAUUAUUGUCCGAUGUUAAAGAAACCCAACAUUGACUGGCCUGAGCUGGGAUGCAAACUCUACCUUCCAGUGUCAAAAUCAAAAUUGUUGCAUUCCCCAACAACCACUUUAACCUCCACAUCCUACUUUUAGAUUAAUUUGAACAUCAUUGUUCUUCCUGGAAGUAAUAUUUCACCACAGAAUUGUCCUGUAUGAACACUAUUCCUUGGAAGACUGAUCUUGUAAACAAAUAUGCCAUAUGAGCAGUCCCUCUACUUUUUCAACCGUCCUCAGUUCCAACAGUCCCGUAUAAUUUUUUGCUGGGUAUUCUGGAAAAUAAAUCAGAAAGGACAGUUGGGAGAGAUCUAACUGCAAAUUGUUUCACAUUGAUAUCAGACAAAAGUCUGUAAUGUUUUAGAGUAUAGAAAUGAAUGCGAUUAGAUCAGUGAUUGAUGAUAUAUAUAUAUAUAUAUAUUGCACAGCCCUAAAGACAUCGCAGAGUGGAACAUGUACGUUUAGAGCUACCAGUUGCAUAAAGAGUCCCAAUUCUGGCAUUAUUUUACAUUAAACAUCUUGAAUGGCACAAAUGUGAUUUAUCAUGUGUGACCAUCCCUCA